UCGUCUGCCGGCGCCCUUCCCUCCCUCUCCGGCUAUUGCUUUUUUUUUCCCUUCCUUUUUUUGGCAUGGAUCUCCUCGCGAGGGAGCGGCCAAGAGCGUAGAGAGAGAGGGAGACACCCCCUUUUCUGCUUCUCCAAAAAAACACACAGAGAGAAGCCCGGCCGGGUCGGGAGCGCACGGCAGACAACAAAAGGAAAUUGACCAGCGUCGGAGGCGAGACAUUGACUAGCCUUUGGCGAGCAGGCUCAGCCCCCUUUCCCUUUGGUCGCCAGGCGGCUGGCUUUCAUGGAGCCGCCGGCGGGGGAUCGCCCUCGUUCCGCUUGGAGGAGAAGAGCCGGAAGAAGGGAGGAUGAUGAUGGGUUUGGCCAGCUGAGCGGAGGCUCCCCGGCGGUGGUGGUGGCGGUGGCGGCGGCGCUCGUCGGGCCAGCGUGGCCGGCGACCUGCCGCCUGCCUUAGCCAGGGGAGGAAGAAGCCUUGGGCAAGGAGGGCGAUCGGGGGUGGGGUGGGGGGGCUGGCUCGCCCCGCUCGCCCCCCAAGCCCGCUCGCCCCCCGAUCUGGCGAGGGCGGAAAGGAAGGGACGCACCGGCUGGCAUCGCCACGCCAGCACGCCUUCAACCUUCCUCCGUGGACGGCCUUCGGGGACAAUGAGCGGGAGGUGAUGAUGAUGAUGAUGAUGCUGGACAGCCAGAGCUCCACCCAGGAGAUUGGAGAAGAGGUGGAAGACGGUGUGAUUUAUAGCAUCUCCCUCCGGAAAGUUCAGCUUCACCACACGGCCAACAAAGGACAGCGAUGGCUAGGGUUUGAGAACGAGUCGGCCUUAAACCUCUACGAGACCUGCAAGGUGCGGACCAUCAAGGCCGGGACGCUGGAGAAGCUGGUGGAGUACCUGGUCUCGGCGUUCAAAGGCAACGACUCCACGUACGUCACCAUCUUCCUGUGCACGUACCGAGCCUUUGCCACCACCAAGCAAGUGCUGGACCUCCUCUUGAACAGAUACGGAAAGUUUCACCUUCAGGCAAAUGGGGACCACCCUCGGCACGCUGUGGAUGAGAGACUGGAGCUGAAAAACACCGUCUCGUCCAUCCUGGGAGCCUGGCUAGACCAGUACUCCGAAGACUUCCGGAAGCCGCCGGACUACGCCUGCCUCAAGCAGCUCAUCGUCUACGUGAGGCUCAACAUCCCCGGAUCCGACCUGGAGCGGCGCGCACGGAUCCUCUUCACCCAGUUCCAGCAACAGGAGCGUGCUGAGGCCGAGACGGACGCUGUGGACCAUUCCAGCUGCCCGCUCAGGUUGGACGAGGAGAAUGGACUGAGCGAGGGCAAGUUGGAUUUCCUGAGCUUCUCUCUGGAAAUGGUAGCGGAGCAAUUCACGCUGAUGGAUGCGGAGCUCUUCAAGAAGGUGGUGCCUUACCACUGCUUGGGUUGCAUUUGGUCCCAGCGGGACAAGAAGGGCAAAGAGCACCUGGCCCCCACCAUCCGGGCCACCGUCUCCCAGUUCAACAGCGUCACCAACUGCGUCAUCGCCACCUGCCUCGGGGACAAGACGUUGAAGCCGCAGCAGAGAGCGAAAGUGGUGGAGCGCUGGAUCGAAGUCGCCCGGGAAUGCCGGAUCUUAAAGAAUUUCUCCUCCCUCCGGGCCAUUCUUUCGGCUCUGCAAUGCAACGCCGUUCACCGGUUGAAGAAGACGUGGGACGAGGUGUCGCGAGAGAGCUUCCGCACUUUUCAAGAGCUGUCCGAAAUUUUUUCAGAUGAGAAUAACCACUCUUUGAGUCGAGAGCUCCUCAUUAAGGAGGGGACGUCCAAGUUUGCCACGCUGGAGAUCAAUCCCAAGAGAGCGCAGAAACGGCAGCAGCAGCAGCGGGAGAUGGGCGUCAUGCAAGGGACCAUCCCGUACCUGGGCACCUUCCUCACAGACUUAGUGAUGCUGGACACCGCCAUGAAGGACUACCUCGAUGGGGGCCUGAUCAAUUUCGAGAAGAGGAGAAAGGAAUUUGAAGUCAUUGCUCAAAUCAAACUGCUGCAGUCGGCCUGCAACAACUACAGCUUCACGCAGGAAGAUCGCUUUGUGGCCUGGUUCCACAGCGUGGAGCGGCUCAGUGAGGUGGAGAGCUACGGGCUUUCGUGCGAGAUCGAACCCCUGUCCGAAUCGGCCAGCAACACGCUGAGGGCAAAGAAGAACACAGGGAUCAUCAAGCGCUGGAGCGACCGGCAGGCUCCCACCACGGAGUCCUGCGCCAGCGGCAGCUCCCACUCCAAGUCCUUUGACCAGCUGAAGUGCGGGCCGUACGUCUGCAGCGGGGAUGCGGCCGACUCCGUCAGUGUCACCUCGGCCGGCUCCAGCAGCUCCGACGUGGAGGAGAUCAACAUCAGCUUCAUCCCCGACUCGCCGGAAGGGCAAGAGAAGAAGGUACAGGACCGUGGCAGCUCGCUGGGCCCCGCUCGCGCCCAGGGGGGCAGGCGGCAGUUCUGGGAGUCCACCUCGCUCUCCUCCUUGGACACGUCGGGCAUCGGCUCCAGUUCCAGCAGUGCCUCGUCCUCUUCCGUCUCCUCCACGCCCGUGACGGCCUCCCGGACCCACAAGCGCUCCGUCUCGGGCCUCUCCAGCUACUCCUCCCUCUCGCUGCCCCUCUACAACCAGCAGGUGGAUGAUUGCUGCAUCAUCCGCGUCAGCCUGGCCGUGGAUAAUGGAAACAUGUACAAGAGCAUCCUGGUAACAAGCCAAGACAAGACCCCGGUUGUGAUCCGGAAGGCGAUGGCGAAACACAAUCUGGAUACAGACCGGCCCGAGGACUAUGAGCUCAUUCAGAUCAUCUCGGAAGAGAGAGAGCUCAAAAUCCCCGACAACGCCAACGUCUUCUACGCCAUGAACUCGGCGGCCAACUACGACUUUGUGCUCAAGAAGCGAGGCUUCGUCAAGGCGGUCAAGAUCAAGCACGGCUCCAGUUCCACGUUGCCCCGGAUGAAGCAGAAGGGGCUCAAGAUCGCCAAGGGCAUCUUCUAACCUCGGUUUUCGGCCCGUGCGGAGUCGGCCGCCCGCCUGUCUUAAGCAGCGCCCACGGGAGGAGAGGGGGCCUGCCUAUCUCGACCGUUGUGCGGCUCGCCAAGAAGAGGAAGCGUCUGGGACCCCGGCAGUGGGAAGGGGCGUCUUUGUGACACUUUGGCCCACCAGUCUCUCUCUCUCUCUCUCUGCCCACGGCAGCUGCUCCUUGCCUUUCAUCAGGUCUGCGUCUCUCUCUCGUUUUUCUACACAGUGGAUUUUUAAACUUUUUAAACCAAGGUGCAAGGGCCUGCGGCCAUCACCCACCUCUCUGCCUUAGGAGUCCUCCCUUCCUCCCGGCGCUAACAAGGGCCGUGCUAUUAAGGAACGGGUUUCUUCCGCUCCGCCAGCGCACACGCCGGGGAGGCAGACGAGGAUAGCGGGAAGGAGGAGGAGGACGACGGACGGACGGGACCGACCGUCUCGCACUGCCUUGCGACCGGAUUUGCCCCUCCCGGGAUCUCCCGGUCAACAAGCCAACGGGCUCAACUGCCGGGCAUCUGACUCUUGGAGCCUCCCGGCCACCCAAGAGA